AUACGAGCAAAGAAGAUAUGGCGAAGAAGAUACAGGUGAAGAAGAUACAGGCGAAAAAGAUACAGGCGAAGAAGAUAGGAGCGAAGAAGAUAGGAGCGAAGAAGAUACGGCGAAGAAGAUACGGCGAAGAAGAUACGGUGAAGAAGAUACGAUGAAGAAGAUACU